AACAGAUUCAGUCAACCGCACUCUAGAGGGUUCCCUGUGAUAUAACUGGGACUCUUCCCAGUCUCUCCAACGCGGGAAGAUCCAAAAUGGCGGACACGUCAGAUCUGACAAACUACGUUCUUCCAGCGUCACCUAACUGGUACUGCAGUACAGGGACGGACUUCAGCAUAACAGGACUGUACGGAUUCGCCGCCAAGAAAUGCGUGUAUCUACUAGAUGUUAAUGGACCGGUCCCGGCUUUUAGGGGGCAAUUUACUGAGCAUACGGACCGGGUUAGCUCCGUGCGUUUCUGCCCUCAUGCACUACACCCUGGACUUUGUGCGAGCGGCGCAGAUGACAAGACAGUCCGACUAUGGGAUGUUGAGACCAAGGGAGUUUUGGCCAACCAUACCACCCACACGGCAAAAGUAACCAGCAUUUCCUGGUCACCACAAGUCAAAGACCUUAUUCUAUCAGCUGAUGAGAAGGGCACAGUGAUAGCUUGGUACUAUAGUAAGAACACAGUCCAUAGUACUUGUCCUAUCCAGGAAUACAUCUUCUGUGUUGAGUCAUCAAGUGUGUCCAGCCAACAAGCUGCAGUUGGGUACAAGAAUGGGCUUAUUGUAAUCCUACAAGUAGACUCUCAAGGGAUGCUCCCACUUCACCGUCUCCUAGGUCAUGAGAGUGAUGUACAUAGUCUGGCAUGGUGUCCCCUUGCACAUCUUGACUUUGGUCCACUCCAAAAUAAAGCAAAUGAUGCACAAGGGAGUCUACUCAUCUCAGGAUCUCGUGACCUGACCAUACGGUUGUGGGAUACGCUAAGUGGCAAGCUGAUAACACUCUGGAACUUACCCAAGCGAUCGACCCAGAAAUGGAGAGACAAGCAACAGGACUGGCACAGCAAAGACCGCAUGUGGGUGUCUGUCUGCUGGCCUCAAAAUCUGGGCAAUAAGAUUAUCACUAGUUCUCAUGGGGGUGAGUUGUUACUCUGGGACCUGUCCACCCCAAGCCCAAAAGACAAGGUUCAUGUGUUUGGAUCUGGCCAUUCAAGGAUUGUAUUCAAUGUCUCCUGCACACCUUGUGGGACAAAGCUAAUGACUACCUCCAUGGACAGACAGGUAAUUCUUUGGGAUGUGGCAAGGUGCCAGCAAAUCUGCACCAUCGCAACCUUGGGAGGUUACGUGUAUGCGAUGGCCAUCUCUCCCCUCGACCCUGGGACAUUGGCAUUAGGCGUGGGGGACAAUAUGAUACGGGUGUGGCACACCACAUCUGAAUCAGCUCCCUAUGAUGCCAUAUCACUAUGGCAAGGGAUUAAAUCUAAGGUUAUGAUGGUGUGUUGGCACCCUCAGAAGGAAGGUUUAUUGGCGUUUGGCACUGAUGAUGGUCAAGUCGGGAUAUACAAUACCAUAGGAAAAAGUAAGCCUGAGGUUUUUGCCAUGUAUCACAAGAAGACUGUUUACUCAGUAUCCUGGGGACCUUCCUGCCCUGAUGAGGGCAAGGAAGGUCUCCAUGUGUAUAGCUGUGGGGGGGAAGGAACAGUGCUUCAACACCGCCCAGGCCACACCUUAUCUGACGCAGUUGACGUCAACACCCUCAUCAAAUCCACCAAUGAUAUUAAGCGAAAAUUGGUGUCUCGUACUGAUGUCUCUUGGAGUCCAGAUGGUGCCGCUAUGGCUCUUGGGAAUGACGAUGGUUCAAUAGAGAUUUUUGUCCCUCCCUCCCUGCGGCAAGUUUGUAUCAUUGCUGUACACAAGAAGGCGAUCACCUGCCUCGCUUGGCAUCAUGGGUAUGGUGACAAUGACCGUGCUUGGUGGCUAGCAUCGGGGUCUAACGAGUCAACAGUACACAUCCAUGAUCUUAGUAAAGCUAUAGAAUGUGCGUCACAUGACGCUCCAUCAACCAUCACAGCAAGCUACCGCCAACUGGUUGGCCACUGUGGAAGAGUGACAGCGUUGUCAUGGAGCCCUCAUCACCCAGACAGACUGGUGACAAGCUCCUACGAUGGCUCAGCUCAGGUAUGGGAUGUGGAGACCAACCAGCCAAUAGCAAACUACCGAGGUCACGUGGGCCGCGUCAUGUCUGUGUGCUGGAGUUAUCUGGACCCGGAUGUUGUGUUUAGUGGUGGGGAGGAUGGAACCGUCAGACCGUGGAGAGUCAGUCUGCAAACUCACACGCACCCCCCCGUAGUCGAGCGUUAUACACCUCGUUCUGGGAGCAAGUCCAAGAAAAGAAAACAGAAGGGCAAGGAUGCACCUGACAAUACAUCCAAAGCACAGACAGGCGAGCCCUCGCAAGCCGCACUCCAAAGGGACGUAGCCUCAUCAGCAUCAGCACCAGAGAAUAAUCAACCCUCAGAGAACACCGAAACCCUCACCUCUCCCCCUCCCCCCUCAAAACCUCCUAAAACCACCGAGGAUCCCAUGGAUCGUGACUGGAGAGUGGGCCCACGACCACAGCAGAGGUCAGCGGAUGCUCCCCUGCCGCAUGACCCUUCUAAAGAAAGUCACGUGACGGCAUCCCCUAUCAAUCUAGACUGGAGAAUAAAGCAGCCACUGGAUUCAGAUGCUGUGUCUGUGGGCUCAACCGAGGAUGAUAGGAGCUCUGUUGGGACCAGGGAUAGUGGUCCUGUGCAUAUCAAUUCUAAGACAAAGGCUGAGGGAGGCAAGAAAAAGAAGAAAGUGAAGUCGAUGUUCCCGCUGUCUGCAAUAGCUGAUAACAAGUCAAAGGGUGCGGCCCAGCAGGAAUGCAUUGCACUCGCAAGAUUUCUCAACAAAGAUAGUCUAUCUGAGUCAGCAGCGGUACCCGGGCAGUCAGACUCGGUGAAUCUUGGGCUUUUUGCUGAUCGACAAAGCGCAUACUCUAUGCUUUUUACAGAAGGGCAGCAUCAUGCCGAUAACAGUAACAUGGAAUAUCAACUUCAACUAGAAGUGUGGAAGGGUAACCUGGCCGGCGCUCUCGAGAUGGCGUCUAAGAAAAAGGGUCUUUCGGAUUUGCUCGUCGCGCUCAGCCCCCUGGCGGGACAUGAUGUAUGGCUUAAGACAGCUGAGUUAUAUGCUGAUCACCUGGUGGCACAGGGAUCCCACCAGAAAGCAGUGCUCUACUACCUUGCCUGCCACAGGGUGGACCAAGCUAUCAAUGUGUACAAGAACCAGGCAAUGUUCAGGGAAGCCUUAGCGCUAGCCAAGGUGCGGCUAUGUGACUCCGACCCUGUCCUUCAUGAGCUGUAUGUCAGCUGGGCCAAAAAACUGGAGACAGAAAAUGCAUAUGAGCAGGCAGCAAAAUGUUACCUAGCAGCUCAUCUACCGGCAGAUGCAGUACGGAUACUCAGCACCAGAGGGGACCACGCCUCUCUAAGCACUGCCCUUCAAGUUGCCAAGCUUUUCUGUGAAGACCAGCUCUCUGCAGCCAUUGCUGUCCGCCUGUUGCACCAGCACUUGGGGACUGGUAACUGGUCAUCUGCUUUUUUGGCGCUUGAAGGGUGUCAGGAUGUAGAGGGCUAUAUGUUUGCUCUGUGCACUCACGAGCUACUAUACCAGGAGCUGAUUGGACAAGAAGUUUUGACAGUUGACGUUUUCUCUGAGCCUCACCCCUCAAGGCUUUCAGAUGACAGCCAGAUAGAACAAGAAUUUGUCACAAGUAUACAAUCUUCAGGUCCGCUUGCUAGCGACAAAAGCCCGUGGUUUGUAAGGCGCCUUUUAGGGGCCUGGGAACAAGCCAAUGUGUUGACUGCUGACCACAAGCGACUGCUGGCCGCUGCUGAGCAGUUGAAUAGCUAUAGGGACAGCAAUCUUGAUGAGAAUCUAACCCCGGCUCAGCUUCUUGUACGAGUCACUUACGGCAUCGCAUCCUCUGUGGUCAGUGGUCUCCUCCAGGACCCAGUCCUUUGCGUCAGGUCGCUGCUGCAGGUUUUUGAGAGUUGUAUAAAGAACAACGCCCUGGACUGGGUAACCGCCCUAUGCGACCUGCUUCUCCCGUACGGCAGCGAGUCAAUUCGUGACGUCAUCAGGCUUGGCCAGCGCUUAGCAAGACUUCUUGAUAUAUCCGCCAUUCAUAGCGGGACUGAGGUGGGGCCCAUCAUGCAUAGCGGGACUGAGGAGGGGCCCAUCAUGCAUAGCGGGACUGAGGAGGGGCCAAUCAUGCAUAGCGGGACGAGUGAUACACCUAUCGCUCAUAGAGGUGAUGAGAUGCUGGGGGCUUGCAAAGAGUUGUACGACUAUGUCAGCGGUUUUUACUGGAUGGUUGCGCUGUACAAGUUGUGGUGGAGGGAACCCGUGUCACAUGUGGUACAGAAGAAGGCUCACCACGUGACCAAUGGGCAAGAACCUCAAACUCACAAACUGAGCCACUCAGACGUCAAUCAAAACCCGGACUCGAUUAAUGAUUAUUCAACUUUGAAUGGUAGUUCAUUAAGAAAGACUGGCGAGUCGUCAACGAGUGACGUCGGUACUCAUGGUCACGUGUCCGAUAAUAUGUUACCGGAUGUUAAAAUCUCCGAUGAGAGGUCACCGGAUGUUAAGCUAUCCGAUGAGAGGUCACCGGAUGUUAAGGUGUCCGUGUUCGAUGAGAUGUUGGCGGGUGACGUGGGCCAUCAUGGGCCCGUAUCCGUGAUGGACAAGCCCUGUGAUAUCCUACAAGUCCUACUCGCGGCCAAGAAGUACUUGAUACUAGAUACCAUGGCUCACAGACUGUCGCUUCAGAAACAGUUAAAUGAGGUGAAAAAGGCGGUGGUGUUGCUGCGGUCUCGGCGGAUCCUAGCGAGCGUUGCGGCGACAAAGACGACAAAGGGAGAGCAGAGACCGGGGGUGUCGCCUGAAGAGGCGCUCCCUGGUGGCGGGAUUCAGGGUGGCGAGCUGGACAAUAUGGCAACUGGUGCUGACCAGGCCGCAGACCAAGGAUUCGGCCUCGGCGCCCGUGCCGCGACUCUUGAGACUCGGUAUCAACUCGACUCAUGGACCCUAGAGACCAUAGAGCACGAGGAAGAACUCCUGCAACGCAAACUUGACGCAUUUGUCUACAAGGACCUUCCGUUUCCCGAUCCUGUCGAUGCCGCUAUGAUCUUGGGCUACCUAUGUUGCCACACAGACGGUCUUCCUGUGUACGAGCCUGCAGUACUCUACACUCUGGGACGUGAUGUGGCAAAGUGGGCGUUGGAGUAUGCGCAGUGGGAUCGAGAGCGCAAGUGUUUGUCACGUGUUUUUGCUAGAUGCUCUGGUAACUUGGAAUAAGGCAAGAAAAGGAAUACUAGGCUUGUAUUGGCACCAUGCCAAUUGUGAGAAAGCAUCCAUUUCCACGCCAUGUUGUCUUUAGCGCCAUGACGAGUGAGAGAAGGCAUCCAUUUCCACGCCAUGUUGUCUUUAGCAUCAUGACGAGUGAGAGAAGGCAUCCAUUUCCACGCCAUGUUGUCUUUAGCGCCAUGACGAAUGAGAGAAAGCAUCUAUUUCCACGCCAAGUUGUCCUUAGCGCCAUGACGAGUGAAAGAAAGCAUCCAUUUCCACGCCAUGUUGUCUUUAGCGCCAUGACGAAUGGGAGAAAGCAUCUAUUUCCACGCCAUGUUGUCCUUAGCGCCAUGACGAGUGAAAGAAAGCAUCCAUUUCCACGCCAUGUUGUCUUUAGCGCCAUGACGAGUGUGAAAAUGCAUCCAUUUCCACGCCAUGUUGUCUUUUGCGCCAUGACAAGUGUGAGAAUGCAUACAUUUCCGCGCCAUGUUGUCUUUUGCGCCAUGACGAGUGGGAGAAAGCAUCCAUUUCCACGCUAUGUUGUCCUUAGCGCCAUGACGAGUGGGAGAAAACAUACAUUUCCACGCCAUGUUGUCUUUUGCGCCAUGACGAGUGUGAGAAUGCAUACAUUUCCACGCCAUGUUGUCCUUAGCGCCAUGACGAGUGCGAGAAAGCAUCCAUUUCCACGCCAUGUUGUCUUUAGCGCCAUGACGAGUGUGAGAAUGCAUCCAUUUCCACGCCAUGUUGUCUUUAGCGCCAUGACGAGUGUGAGUACAUACAUUUCCACGCCAUGUUGUCUUCAGCGCCAUGCCAAGUGGGAGAAAGUAUCCACAUCCAUCGGCUGAUUUGCGGGAGCUAUUGUGAGAUUUUUGAUUGAACUUAACAACUGCAGUGUAAAACUUACAUAAUUCGAGUUCCAGUAUUGAAUGAAAGCAUACCCAAGCAAGGGCUGAUCGAGGCUCUUUAAGUACUCUGGUUCACACUUGCAUGCUCUUUUACUCCCGCAACAAUUUAGUGCAAACCAGUUUACACUUCAGUAGCUCAAUUCACUUGAAUCACUGUGAAAUCCAAUCCUUAAAAACUAGAAAUAACUUGUAGAUAUGAAUUAUAACCAAAACGAUAAAAUAUUUCAAUAGUUUGAAUAAAACCAAAAUAGCGAUGUCACGAA